GUUUUGUCUUGUCUUUGUUUUCCGUCAUGCUGUCUCCUGAUUGCUGAUAGAGUACAUGCCAUCAGGUUGUUUCAAUUGUGUCAACUAUUAUCAGAAAUCUUUAAAGGAGAACUCCGCCUUUGAUGGAGCCUUUUGUAAAUGCUGUAAAUCCAGUUCCCAUAAGCCACAGCUGAGAAUAAAUGACACUGAUUAGAUCCAUAUGCACAGAGACACGCUAACUCACAGAUGCAACGUACCAGUUGAAGUCUGAGAGUUUCUGGAAGGUUCUAAUCUUGGUUAAAGCAACACAGCUACCGUGGCCUACUGAGAAGACGAUGUCACAAGAACAUGUCAGCCAGAGUGGGCUGCGAGUGGUGGUUUUGGGUUUUCAUGAGUCAGGGAAGACAUCUUUGAUAAACACCUUUCUCAAUCAGACAGGGCCAGAGUUUUGGAAAAUAACAGAUUCUUGUGUAAAGAGAGAGGGGGAGGUCUGUCGUAGAAAACUGAUCUGCAUUGAUACCCCAGGCUGGUGGAGGGAGUAUCCUUUGAGUGACACAGCAGACUUUAUCAAACAAAAGAUUGUUCUGAGUGUCAGAGAGUGUCUGCCAGGGCCUCACGCUUUCCUUCUGAUCAUUGAUAUUAAUAAUGUCCCGUUCACUGAGAAGAUCAGGAGGUCUGUGGAGGAACACAUGGGGCUUUUUGGGGAGAGAGUUUGGGAACACACCAUAGUGGUGUUCACCAGAGGAGAAUAUCUGGAGGGUAAAAGCUUAGAGCAGCACAUUGAGAUUGAGGGAGAGGCUCUGAAAUGGCUGGUUGAGAAAUGUGGGAACAGGUGUCACAUGUUUAACAUUGUCAGUACAGAAAGUUGUGAUGAAGUUGAUGAGAAUAUGAAUAAGCUUCUGAAACAAAUUGACGGCAUGGUGACAAAGUAUGGUAACAGCGGUUUUGAGCUUGAUGAGAAAAUAUUGAGGGAAGUUGAAGAGAACAGGAACACUCAUCAGGAGAGAGCAAAGAUGAGACAGCAGAAGGUUAUGGACCAAAGAGAAAUGCUACAUAAGUACGGGGUACCAUCUCUAUCAGAACUUACGAUUCUUCUAUUGGGGUGGUUGAUCUCGGGAAAAACAGCUGCAAAGGACACAGUUUUGGGCCAAGUGGAUCAUGUGAACAAAAGAAGAACGUAUACUUCAGAGAGAAUGUUCGGAGAAGUCGCUGGAAGACAAGUCUCUGUGGUGGACACCCCUGGCUGGUGGAAGUACUUACCUGCUGAAUGCAAUCCAGAAUGGGUGAAGACAGAGUUGCAGAGAGCACUGACACUUGACUCCAAAGCUCCUCAUGCCAUUCUUCUCGCUGUCCCAGCAGACACAACUUUUCCUGAGGAACAGAGGAAGAUCACUGAAGACAACAUGAAGAUGUUUGGUGAUGAUAUCUGGAGACACACUAUGGUGCUGUUCACAUGCGGAGAUCGGCUUACUGACACAAGUAUAGAGGAGCACAUUGAGGGUGAAGGAGCACCACUGCAAUGGCUUGUGGAGAAAUGUGGGAACAGAUAUCAUGUCCUGAGUUGGUAUGACAAAGAAGAGAAAGUUGUGGAGCUGCUGAAGAAGAUUGAGGAAAUGGUGGCUGGUAACAGUUUAUUUAGGCCAGGGCCAGAAGCACAAGAACCUGUAGAUAAAAAGACCAAUCUAAAGGAAGUACCAACUGACAUAGUGCAGUUCUUGGAUCAGAAAUGGCAGAAAAUGGACAGAGAAUUGGAGAAGGCGAUGGCGACCAUCUUCAGUAAAACAACUUCAAAGCUGAAAGGAAGUAUGGACGAUCCAGGCACAAAGUUCAGAGAUGAUCACCCGUGUUCUGAGGGUACUUCGAAGGAAAUCCACUCAGGAAAGGGCACCAGUCCACAGAACACAUCAGAGCCUAAAUAUCCCAUCAAGAAAUCUGGCAUUAAUGCUGCCACAGGGCUUGGAGACAAAGAGCAGACCAGAGAGAGGCCUGCUGGUCAGAUGGAGAGAAUGAAAGAGAAACUGGAGAUGGAGUGGGGACGACGAGAGUUGGGCGUCAUACAGAGAUUUCAGCGUCAGUUAUCAGAGCUAAGACAAUCUGGAUCUGAAGCUGAUGUGCAUGACCUCAACCAAUCAUAUAGAAAGGUGGUCUGGUGGUUUCAUCAUAAUAACACAUCAGGAUAUGCCUCAAAUGAGGAAGAAUUUCCUACAUCAUCAUCAUGUUCAUAUCCAUAUUCCAUUUGAACUGAUACUGUAUAUCAGUGCUUCCAUCUGUGGCAUAGCCUAUCUUCAUGCCAUUCAUGUGAAUGGAAAUGUAGGUGCCCUUAAUUUAGGACUAACAGUGCUGCAGAGGAGUCAUCCAGUAACUGGAAGGUUGCUGGUUAGAGCUCAACUACUCCUGACCCUGAUGAAGUGUCCUUGGACAACACUUGCCCCAGUGCUCCCGAUGAGCAGGUUGGCGCCUUGCAUGGCAGCCUCCGCCAUCUCUCUGUGUGUGUGUGUGUGUGUGUGUGUGUGUGUGGGUGUGUGUGAAUGGGUGAAUGUGGGGCAUAUACCCUUACAGUAAAGGAGGGCACAGAGCAAAUUGAUUCAAUUGAAUGAAUUCCAAUUUAAUGUGAAAGAGAAGCUCAGUAUCUUUCAACCUUGGUAUGGUUGUAUGAGUCAACAUUUUUAUUUUGGGUCAAAAUGACAUAAAUCGGUACAAUAUUAAGAUCAGAAAAUACAUUUACAACAAAUAGCCAUGCACUGUAUCUGAGGCCUGGGGACUUUAUGUGAAAGUAAAUCGCUCCUUUUAAUCGCACUGUAGGCUCAAAGUAUUUAAUUUGAAGUCUAUUUGAAUAUGUUAUAUUUUACAAUGUAUAUUCUGGGUAUAUUGUGUAUAUUAUGAUGUGUGAAAAAAAAUAUUACAUUAUAACGUAUGUGAGCUGAUUAACCAAUUAUUAGUGCGUUGUCUAAUGAUGUAGUGUAAACGAUGAAGUGCAUACUGUAAAUACUGACCCUUAUGUCAAUAUUGCUGUAAAAACUGGUCUUCUUUGAAUUUCCCCCAUGAAUUAAACAAUGAGUCACUGAA